AUGAAGACCCCGACCCUCCGGAUAGUCCAGGUCUUGUGCCUGAUCGGAUUCUUCGCAGGACCUUUACAGACUAGCCAAACCCAAGGCCUGCAGACGAUUGUUGUAUAUUCUAGUCUCCAGGCCUUCGACGGGGCGUUGAAUGUCAUCAAUAUGCCCCUCAACAUGUUCGAGAAGUCCGUGGAUGACCAGUAUAUUAAUUGCAAACCCCCGAAGGUGCUUCCUCCUGAGAGCUCAAGAUAUAUCCCUGUACCGACAAAUUAUAAAACAACCUGGCAAAAGGCCAAAAGGCACUGGGCCGAAGUUGGCAGAUCUAUCACCGACCUCACUCCAAUGCAAGGUACUGCAAUCGUGGCUUACACCCUUGCUGACAACCUAUACAGGGAUUUCAACGCUGCUACAAGAGUAGCCGGGAGUUCCCAAGACACUUACAAUCAAUUUGCCUUCAAGGACUUUUUCUUCCUCCUAACCAAGGGUGUUCAGGCCAGGAAGAAAAAGAACAAAUGUUACGAGGUCUUCCGCGGGGUACAAGGGAUCCGUUUCAAAGUCAGCAAGGGAAAGCAGGUCCGCUUCGGCCAGUUUACUUCCUCAUCUUUGAGCGAACAAGUAGCCAGAGGGUUUGGCCAGGACACCUUCUUCUCCAUCAAGACCUGUCACGGAGUGCCCAUUGACGACAUCUCGUCCUUCAAAGGCGAAAAGGAAGUUCUCAUCCCGCCCUACGAGAAGUUUGUCGUGAAGAGCAAAGAAAACGUGUCCCCCAUCAGAUUGGAAUCCAAAGGUGUUUAUAGCCGGUUCAACUGUGAGCGCCUGAGAGUGGUAUCGAACGAAAGCAUUCAGGUCACGGACGACUAA